AUGGUCAAUCUUGUUCUUCAAGCUCUAGAAACCAGGCAGAACACAUUGUGUAUAGCGCCUACAGGAGCGGGGAAGACCAUUAUCAUGUCGAGCCUCAUUGAAGAAAUUCUUCAGCUAGGACAAAAAGCCCUUGUUCUUCAACAUAGACAAGAGCUGAUUAUUCAAAAUGCCCAAUCCUUCAGAAAAGUUACAAAAGGAUUGUCUACGUCUGUUGUAAAUGCAGAGAGAAAAGAUUUUGAGAGGGACGUUGUUUUUGCCAUGGUCCCAACCCUUGAUCGCAGACAACAACCGCUCCCUCAUUUUGAUUUGGUUGCCGUCGAUGAGGCCCACCAUAGUGUGGCCUCUUCUUGGAAAAAGCUAAUCAAAAAACUUCAAACAGAAAACCCCGCUCUUAAGGUUAUUGGGUUUACAGCAACCCCCAAUCGGGGAGACAAAAAGGGACUUUCAGAAAUCUUUGAUCAUGUGGCCGACCAAAUCAUGUUGGGAGAGCUUGUAAACUCAGGGUCUCUUGCGCCGCCAAGAACACUCGCGAUUCAAUUAGAUGAAGAUAGUCAAAAACUUCUUAAAGCUCUUUAUUGGACGCCGCGAGGAAAGCCAAAGAAGGGACUUAAUGGGGCGCGCAUGCUAAAAAAGGCCGGAGAAAUCUUAGACAAGAACUUCUAUAAUGAAGAGGUCUUCCGUCAUUGGAAAGAACAGGCGCAGACACGAAAGACCGUGAUCUUUUGCUCUAAUGUUCUUCAUGCUCAAUCCAUUGAAAACACCUUCAACGCUCAAGGAGUUUCUACGGGCCACAUUAACGGCCAAAUGUCUAUGAAAGACCGCUCCCAAACCCUGAGAGAUUUUCAAAAAGGAAGACUGCAAGUCAUAACGAAUGUAGCUGUUUUGACCAAAGGGUGGGACUGUCCUGAUGUGGAAUGCAUCAUUUUACUGCGUCCCUCUUCGUACAAAAGCACGAUGAUUCAGAUGGUGGGAAGAGGCCUCAGACCUCAUCCAGGGAAAAAAGACUGUCUCAUUUUAGACUUUGGGUUGUCCUCAAGAGUUCAUGGAUCCUUAGAGCAAGACGUUAAGCUUUAUAGUGAGAAAAAGCAGGCUUUGAAGAAAUGCCGAAAGUGCAAGGCUCUCAUGAAACGCUCUCUUUCAACCUGUCCGGAAUGCGGAUAUGUCCAUCUUGCAACAGAAGAAGAAAUUUAUGCCUUGAAUCCUGAACCGCCAAAAUUCUAUCAGAGAUUAACGCUUCGUGAGAUCAGUCUCUUAGAGCUGUAA